GAAGUUAUGUAAGGAUGAUUAAAUAUCCUUCAGAUGUUUCCUAGGUCUAAUUAACUGUUCUCUAAAUAUCUCAAAAUCUAAUUACAUUGAUCUCUCCCCCUCUCUCUCUCUCUCUCUCUCUCUCUCUCAGAAACCCCCGGAACAAGACGGCCCUGACCUGGCCGAGUUUGAUGGACUGGGUGAAACUGGGCCAUACUGGGACUGACUUAACUGGGACUGGUGGUCGGGUGCUGGACGUGACGCCGCAAGAGUUGGCCAAACACAACAAGCGUACUGACUGUUGGAUGGCUCUCAGGGGUAAAGUUUAUAAUGUCACGUCGUAUAUGGAGUUCCAUCCAGGAGGUGAAGAGGAACUCAUGAAAGGUGUGGGCACUGACGCCACUGAACUCUUCAAUGAGGUACACAAGUGGGUAAACUUUGAGACGAUGCUGCAGAAAUGUCUUGUGGGACGCUUGGUGGAGAGUCGGUCCUUCUUUCUCAAACCUAAUUUCUUGCCUCUUGGUAAAGGCUCGAAAAACUCCAAUAAAUCAGACACACGCAAAAAUUCUUCCUCAUCCACGAACUCCCUGGUGCCGCCCACCUUAGGACCACCAACGAUAGCUGGAGCGAGGUCACCGCUAGUGUCUCCCAUGACCCCGUCUGCCCUCCCCAACCCGAAAUAUGAUUGGUUUCAGACUAAUACCUUAAUCAAUAUUGCCAUCUAUACAAAAUGGAAACACAUAAACAAGGAACAUGUAGUAGUGAUUAAAAGAGGAAGUGUAGUUAAGGUGGUGUGUUACGUCCAAGACAUGGCCUACACGGUGCAUCUCGAGCUCAAUAAACCCGUAGCGGAGGAAUUUGAACUGAAAACGGGAAGCAACUCUGGCAAAGUGGACAUUCUCUUAAAAAAGGAAGAGUCGGGCGUGCGGUGGAGCAUCAUUGGGAGAACUUUAGAGGGACACGGAGAUCAUGUCAAGUCCAAAGAUAGAAAGAUUGAGUACACAGAAUGCUCUCUGGCUAGUAAGGAAACACUAACUCAAGAUACUCGCCUGCUGGUUAUACAAGUGCCUGAGUACACCUGCCUGCCGGUGCCUAUUGGAUACCAUGUUUAUAUUCGAGUACCUGGGAAUGAUGUAGUAAAGCCAUACACUCCCGUAGCUGCUUCCUUAAGUCUAGCAGAACCUGAGGAAUAUGGCAGAAAAAUACAUCUUUUUAUUAAGGUUUAUGAUGACGGUGCAUUGACCCCAGCCCUAGAUGAACUCACUGUAGGGUCAAGUAUAGACGUGAGUGUACCAGAGGGAACAUUUUACUUUGACAAAUUGGUGGCAGCGACCGAGACAGCCACAGACACUGCUCUAUUAGGUGCUGGUACUGGCAUCACACCUAUGAUAAGGGUGAUGCUUCUAGCUCUCAGAAAUAAUAAGAAAGUCCACCUUAUUCUUUUCAAUAAAACUGAGGAAGAUAUACCAUGGAAGGACGAAUUAGAUAACUUAAUGGAAGACCAUUCCAGUUUAUUAAAGGUGACUCAUGUUCUAUCAAAAGCAGGAGACUCGUGGCCGGGCUGGAAAGGUCAUAUACGAAAAGAUCUAUUAGAGAAACUAUUACCUGUGGGCAACAAAGAGCGAAGCAUUUACCUGUGUGUCUGUGGACCUACUCAGUUCACUAAGCUUGGGGUCAAUUUGUUUAAGGAGCUUGGCUACAGCAGUGGAGAUUAUCAUGCCUUCCUUGGUUAAGAGGUACAUACAGUACAGAGAGUUAGCACUAAAACCAUACUGUACCUUGACUCAUCUGGGAUUAUAUUCUCCAAAACCUCAGGAAGUUGUAUGCUUGAGCAAGAUGAAUGUUACCAAAGGAAACUCUCCUCUUGGAAUUGAAGAUGUUUUUUGUUUUUUAUAUAUAACUGUAUAUAAUAUACUCGCCACAAAUAAAGAAUACAGUACUUGUU